CCUUCCCGUCGAAGCAAAGCCAAAGCCAUCGGGAAGAUUAGCAAUUUCCAGCUGGUGAGGACGAAGGAUACCUAGGUAUGGAGAUGGCGGCGUGUAAGCCCAGCACCACAGCUUUCUAACCAGUACGGACAAGGUACCUUACACGCCCCGACAGCAUAUCAAUUGGCGGCCCAAGGCUUGAGCCACCUUGCCCACCGUCAUCCCUUUGCUCAGGGUAGCUCAAGCCUCGAGCUACAAAUCCAUCUGCGCGUCACUUUCACACUGAACAUCAACAUCAAGCGUGACCAGGAGCUCUGGCCCGUUCAAAGUCAGAGCCCAAAUUGCGUCUCUUCUUUCCAGAAGUGCAGGGUGCUGCCUUCAACGGCCCAUUUGACUACGUUAGUCUCACCUCACGGCAAGUACGGAGCACCUGACAGCUAAUCGUUCACCCCCUGCGCAACGACGACACUAUACGCGCAUAGCUUGGUGAAGCAACUAGUCGUAUGCUUCGGACGACAUCGCUUGUGAAUCGGACGAUAUCAUUUUCCCACGACGUGCCCCCGAACCUCCAGCUGGAGCACCCCCCUCGCCUACCUUGUUUAUUGAGACUACUCCCUUGAGCUCCAAUAGCAUACAAUCACAUAUGUUCUCAGAUAUAAUGGAGGUGUUGAGCAAGGCGUCUCGAGUGGCCACGUCCAAGACUGCACAGCGGACGAUUGUGAACGCGAGCCUCCUCGUCGGCACGUCGCUAUUUCUGCUGCCCUUUGCUGCUAUCGCCUCCAUCCUUUUUUUCCGCGACUACCUACCCGAGCAAGUAGUGACGACCCCAGUCCACCUCCAGUACGGAUCAGGUGCGAAUCCCUUUGGAACAGCAACCAUCCCGACGUCUGCUCUGAGAACGCAGCAGGAGUAUGAUGUGUCCGUCACGUUGUCUAUGCCCCGUUCGCCUGCCAACACACAGCGAGGCAACUUCAUGAUUGCUAUCCACCUGCUGGAUGUUGGAGCCUUGUCGACGGGAAGCGACAAAAUACAACCUCAUAUCGCCCCUGAACCCUAUGCUCAUUUCGACGGGAAGACAGUCCUUUUGUCUUCAAGGCGGCCCGCUUUGGUGCCAUAUCACGAUCCAAUGGUAUCGAUAGCGUCACGGAUUCUCUUCCUAGCCUACCAUGUUUUGUUCUCAGAUUCGGAGACUUGCGUCCUGACCGUACCGAUGGCCGAGCGCGUGGAGUUGGCGAAAGGCUCCUCCUUACCCGCUUCAGCGUACCUUGAACUUCAGGGCGGCCAGGAUAUCGAGACGUACUCUGCCUCGAUAACGCUGACGGCUCAACUGCGGGGAUUGCGUUGGCUGAUGUACAACUACCGCGUGAUGACUCUGACCGCUGCCGUCCUGUUAUUUUGGGCAUCCGAGAUCGUAUUCAUGGCGGUGGCAUGGUUGGCAUGGUCUGGGCUUUCAGGAUCGUCACAGGGCUCUGGCAUCGGCAAUGGAAGAACUGUGGAAAAGUCGUACAAUAAGUCGAUGGGCCAAGUCAAGCGAGAGGAAGGAAGUGGCAUCGAUGAGCUGUCGGAUGCCCCGAGGACGUUCCCGACCUAUGGUAACCAGGCUCCGUUACGGUAUGAGCCUGAAGUCAAGGAUGAGCAGCAUGCGGGGCCUCGUGUGGAGGACCUGCUCCCGCUUGGUGGUGAGGCCGAUGACGAGGAAGAAGAUGACGGAAGGGGCUUCAGAGGGGACUCGGGCAUUGGAACGAGUUAUAGUGAGGGAGGUUCCAGUAGCGUGCGGCGAAGGUCAUCGCAUCGAAGUUGAUGAGGGAGUGCUUGCUACCUUAUGGUGGUAUUAUUGCUGACCUUUUGCUGAGAUCCGGCGGGGGUACAUUAAUACGUCGAGAUAUGGAAGAAAGCAAGAGCCAAUUGAGAGACCCCGCUGAGGAUUCGGCAUCCACUCAUUAAAAUAAUUGUAACAAAGCUGCUUGCGUCGACUUCCUCGGAGUGCAACGAAACGAAGGCACUACAAGGCUAGGUAGAACAUGCCUUGGGUAGAAAGAUGGUGUGUGAGCCAGUUGUCAGCAGCGAUCUUGACC